AUGAAGAGACUUCUUCUGCUCCAGUUGGUUUUCGUCCCGUGUCUUUCUUUGCUCGACCCGGCCUCAUUGAAGCGCCAGGAAAGGAACAGUUCGGUUCGAGAAAAACUCCUUGAACCCUUCAGAUAUGAACUACUCACAAUGCCUGUCAGGAGACCGGGUCCAAUCUAUGUUGACAUUAGCCUACACAUACAGAGUAUUCCAGAGUUGAACGUGCGCAGCAUGGAAUUUAGUAUUGUCCUGAUCUUGCAUCAACGUUGGUACGACUCACGUCUGCAGGUCAAUGGGACAGAUAUUCCGCACAACAGUCGCAUGCCUCAUCAGUGGCUAUCCAGGUACAUUUGGCUGCCCGAUGUCUACUUCCUGAACGCGCGCGGUGGUCUGCUGCAUCAGGUCACCCAACCGAAUGAAAUGGUCUGGGUCCACAGCAAUGGCGUGGUUAUCUACAGCCAGAAACUCACCCUGCGUCUAUUCUGUCGCAUGACAUUCUGGAAUUUCCCCAUGGACACACAGACAUGUUCCAUCCUCGUCAGCAGCUAUGGCCAUGCCAAGCAUGACCUCGAACUGCGAUGGUGGAAUACAGAAGACUAUGUUCACAUCCAAAAAGCAUUCGAUCCUGUACUUUGUAGUCUUGCAGUGGAAAUGACAGAGGAGUUGGGGCUGAACGAAUUCGAACAGCCGAUGCAUGCCUUCCGAGAUUGCAACAACACCAGUGUCGUGACAGGAGAAUUUUCCUGCCUCGAAUUGGAGCUGCGGCUGGUUCGCAAGUACGGAUUUUACAUCAUCUACGCCUACCUACCCUCAAGCCUGGUUGUCCUGAUCGCCUGGUUGGCUUUCCUCAUUGAUCCCCGAGCUAUCCCCGCCCGCGUCUCCCUGGGUUUGCUUUCCGUCCUCGCUCUCAUUACUCACAAUGCGUCUCUUCUGGCUCACCUGCCAAACGUGUCCUACAUCAAGGCCAUCGAUCUCUGGUUCUUCGUCUGUUUCGCCUUCGUCUCGAGCACUUUGGCUGAAUCAGUUUUGGCCAAUCGGAUGUGCACACGCAUGGACGUGGAUAAACCGGGUCUGCCAUCACAGGCAAUGACAAGGCAGCUGAGUCCUUUUACUGGUUGGAAGAAGCAUAACAGCGUCAGUCCAGAGGAAAACACGAAGACGGAUUCCCCCCAGGCCACCGUAGAAGCACCCAAUCAGUCGGCUGAUAAUAAGGAUGACAUCAAAGUCAAAUGGAUGGACACAGUUUGUUUGUGCGCUUAUCCAGUCUGUUUCAUGCUGUUUAACACAAUCUACUGGCCACUGUAUGCUGGAGGAUCCUAA